AUGAGUUUCCCAUACCAAAAAGUCACACAAACAAACCGCCUAGCUCGAACUCCAGCAUCGUCAGCUGCAGCUCAACCCUCAGGUAGUGCCAACCAAGAAAUCCAAUAUACACCAGGCCUACGCCAAGUAGUGGAUGUUCUACCAGUAUCGGUUGCACACAGAGAUGGUGUGGACCCUGCUGUAACAAAAGCCGCCAAAGAUCGAGCGGGAGCAAAAGCCGAAGCCGAAGCGGAAGCAAAAGCAAAAGCAACGGGUGCCAUAUUCUUUAGGGGACGAGAUAUGAUUGCUGAAUUGGUGCAUCAACAAACACUACAACGUGUUGGUGUUAGGUUGUGA